GUAAAGAAAUUAUCCUUCCCAUUGAAUAUAAGAAACUCACCCCAGAACCUUUUGGUAAAAAUCGACCCACUAUGCUCCGUAAUCUCAAGGAAGAAUCUGAGAAGAAGAUAAAUGAUGAGUCAGCAGAUAGUGACGAGAAGUAUGAAGUAGAAGAGUUAGAA